CAUCAGUUGAAAUAAGAUGAUUGUCUUUGCACUAGUACUUGUAGCCAUUGCCUUGUUUUACUACAUUUACAAUGAAAAGCAAAAGAAGUUUUCCUAUUGGAAGAAUAAAGGAGUGCCCCAAUUGCCUCCUCACCUAAUUUAUGGCAACUUGACCCAAUAUAUUUUACAAAAACAAAGCUCAGCUGAAAAUGAAGCCGAAUUAUACUUUAAAUUCAAGCAAAUGGGUGCAAAACAUGGAGGUAUAUACUAUUUUGGUGCCCCUAAAUGGUUACCAAUCGACCCAGAAUUGAUAAAAUCAAUAGUGACAAGUGAUUUUCAACAUUUCCAAGCCCACUUGCCUAAGUUUUCAACAAGCUUGUUGUUUAACAACAUUUUCCAUAUGAGUGGAGACCAGUGGAGGGACACAAGAAGAAAACUAACACCCACUUUUACCUCAGGGAAAAUGAAAAUGAUGUUUGAAAUUUUGUUGCAAAAAACCAACGGCCUUAGUGAUUUGGUUGAUGAAAUGGCACAAAUCCAAAAACCUGCUGAAAUUAAAGAGUUAAUUGCUAGAUAUACUACAGAUGUUAUUGCAAAUAUUGGCUUUGGCAUUGAGUGCGACUCCCUAAAAAACAUUGAUUCAGAGUUUUUCCAAACUGGGCAAAACUUGUUUAAGCGAUUGCUUCCCAAAAAGCCUCCAACUUUGUUUAAGCUUUUAUUAAUUGCCUUGGGAAUUGGCAAUCGAAGAAGAGGUAUAUUGGAUAUAGCAGAUCUUGAAGAUUUCUUCAGGAAUAUCGUUUUUGAUGCAGUAAAGUACAGGGAAACAAAUAACGUUGUUAGGAAGGACUUUUUGCAUUUGAUGAUACAAUUGAAGAAUCAAGGUUCUAUUACUGAUUUGGUUAAUGAGAAGGAUGUUUUAAAGAAGGCUGAAGAUAAAGAAUCAAUGAUGUCAAUGGAAGAUCUUGCCGGCCAAUGCAUGCUCUUUUUCACUGCCGGCUUCGAAACAUCAUCCACAACAACUUCCUACGCCCUUUUGGAACUGGCUCAAAACCAAAACAUCCAAGACAAACUACGCACCGAAAUCAGAGAAAUCCUAAAAACCAAUAUUCUAUCAUAUGAAUCCUUAAACGAAAUGACUUAUUUGGACAAUGUAGUUUCGGAAACUCUAAGAAAAUAUCCACCUUUGUCCAAUUUACCAAGAGUCUGUACAAAAAGCUACAACAUUCCAGGCACUGAUAUUGUUUUGGAUGAAGGCACAAUGAUCGAUAUUCCUUUGCUAGGCCUGCAAAACGAUCCAGACUUUUUCCCAGAACCUCAAAAAUUCAAACCAGAAAGAUUCAAUAGUGAAAACAAACACAAAAUCUUAAGUGGAACUUAUUUGCCUUUUGGAGAAGGACCACGACAAUGUUUAGGUUUAAGAUUUGGACUAAUGCAAACCAAAACAGCGCUUGCCUCACUCAUCAACAAUUUCAAGUUUACUUUGAACCAGAAAACCUCGUAUCCACCUGAGUUUGACCCUACUGCACCAAUUUUAUCAGUAAAGGGUGGCAUUUGGUUGGAUGCACAUAAAAUGAAUUGUUGAUGCAAUAUAUGGAGCCAAAUACGGUGAAUAAAUCUACUUUCAUUGAUGCACUACAAUUUUGCGCAAUUGACUAUUUGCCAAUAAAUAUUUUUACAUAGUAAAAGGCGAUUUUGUUUAAACAACUAGAAUUUUAAGC